AUGGCGCCCGGGGCCUCCGACGCGCUGACGUCACGCGCACGGCUCGCACCGCGUCGCUCAGGGCGUCGUCGCCGUGGCAACGCCACGCUGCUUCUCGCAACGAGUGCUGAGUCCCAAAUCCUGUCAACUCGCCUAAUAUUUCUAGUUUCUCCAGAAGACAAAUAUGGGUGCGAUAAAGAGGCCAAAAUAGCACUCCUAUUAGUUGGAGGAGAUGCUGCUGUUGGGAACACGGCAAAUACCAUUCAGAGAUUAUUUUCAGAAACAGCCAGCAUUACUAUCACUAUUAGUGAUGUGAAAGGGGCAGCAGUAUUUUUGGAUGAUUACAAAUUCAACAUGGUAUUCCUUCAGAUGAAUUCAUCACCAACUGUAGAGGAAUUAGAAACCGUCAAAUUAAUAAGAUUCAGAAAAAAGAAAAAUAUACAUUUGCUGUUUGUAAUUAUCAUCCCUGUAAAUUUUGAAGAUUGUAUUUCAGGGCAUGGAGCUGAUAUUAUCUUAACAGAACCUCUUACACUGGAAAAAUUGGAUGUUGUGGUAAAAUACUGGAGAUCUCCUUUGUCAAAUACUGAUGAGGAUGGAAGUAAAAGCCCUGGAGGAAACCUUGAACUGUCACGGCAAAUGUCUUGCGAUUCAAGCCUGACACACUGUAUCACUGAUUUAGUCACUUGUGGCUCCAAAUUGAUAAGCAACAGUGCUGGGAAUGGAUCGGUACCUAAUUCCAAGAAGAGCAAAAGGAUUUCCCUUCUUCAUUCGGGCAAGGAAAAGCUGAGAAGAGAACGGAUCAAGGAUUGCUGCAAGCAGUUGCGUGCUCUCUUGCCGUGUAUAGAAGGAAGGAAGAAUGAUGCUGCUUCUGUUCUAGAGGCAACAGCUGAUUAUAUGAAGUGUAUUCAAGAAAAGAUACCUCCAGUCAUAAUGGCACAGAUCGUGAUGGUGCUUCAGAGUAACAAAAGAUUUUGUAAGAAACGACAAGUGUUCAACCCUCCAGACCCACCAACUGCUAUGCCAACUUCAAGGGAUAGCAACGAAUCGACAAACAUCACUUCCUCUAGAAGAGAGACGGGAUUGUGGGCGAAUAAACACUUGGACAGAGACAACGUUCCUCCUUUUGGGGGCCCCUUGGAUGAAGUCUUGAAAGGAAACUCUAGUUCUGCUUCAGAAAUUGCUGAUGGUGAAGUGUGUAAGAACAUUAUUCCCCCUGCAGUCCUCUCCCUCAAUUCCUUCCAUACUUCUCCUACUGUCAACUCCCAUUCCCAAAUUGCCUCUUGUUGUGACGUAGCUGCCAAAACAAAUCAGAACUCCUCAAUUGGUUUUCCAUCUGUUAUGACAACAGUCUCUGAAUUUCCAUCUAACUCCAACAAUUCUAGGUUGACCCAAGCCAGUCCAGCACCUCACAGCUACUCGGGACUGUUUCAGCCAUAUUAAUACUGCCGGCCCAGCUGAAAGGAGGACUGGGGGAGAAGAGCAGAACGGUUCCAUUGUCACGUGACUUUUCAUGAAGUACGGGCAAAGCAAAACUCAUCAAGGACACCCUCAAGUUGCGGAACCUGAAGAAGUUUAGAUUAUCUUUUUUUUACUUUUCUGGACAGCUGCUCUUCUGAAGAUGAAAGAGCACUUGGAGGAGGUCUGCUCACAUCGUUCUCCACCCGAGCUCAGGCUCACGGACACGGCCCUCCAUUUCCGUUCCGACAUCGAAUCACCCCUGGGCCAAUAAUUUAAUUCCGCAAUAAGAGAAAAUCAGUAGUUCCUGUUUGCCGGUGCCCUUUAGAGAGAAGCCAACUCUGUCCCCUGGAAGCAAAGCCUUAAAGAGCACACGUCAAAAUGUGUUCAUCAUAGAAGUGCCUUUUGCCUUUUAACCAGCAAUUUGAAAUGCCAUUGAUUACUUUAUGCAUUUCCCAGCAAUUUGGAAGUAGUUUGCCUGACCUUAUUUCACUUCCUGAUUUUUAUUCCCCGGUCCAGGGUUGGCUUGAUACCUUUACUUUAUCUCUCACUCACCCAGGACCUCAUAUGCCCUUCAUGCUGGGGAGAUGUGCUUAAAUUCAAAGAAAAAAUGUAGAUUGAUUUUAGUACUGUCAAUUAUUUGUAUUCAUAAGAUAUUUAAGGUUUUUUUCCCACCUUUUAUUGUUCAUAAGCAUGUCCACGGUUGGCCCUGAAGCUCAUAAACAUUUAACAUAGACCAGACCAGAACUUCCUCUUAAAGAAUGAGUCCAAUUUAACAAAAUUUUCAUUUGAUAGGUUUAAAAGUGAUUUUAGAAAUGAGAAUGACUUAGUUUUCAUGUUUGGCUUUGCAGUUUUAUUUAGGAAAGUAAAAAUUGUAGAAUUGAUAGGUUUUUCAUAAACGUCGGAUAAGUGUAGAUUUGGGGGAAGGGGACUGUUCCAAAAUUAAUUUAAAAGUAAAGCACUUGAUUUUGCUGGAUAAUUAUGAGUUCACCUCUGAAGACCUCCCUACUCAGUUGUUUGGCUCUGAUCACUGGGGUAAAUGUUCAUCUUUAGACUAGGUGAAAAGUAUUUUUUAACCCAAAUCAGACAAACUGUGACCUCAUGCCUUCUAAAUCUUGCAAGAUGAUAAAAAUUGCGAAGUUUAUGCCACUCUUAGGGACUAAAGAAAAUGCAAUAAAACAAUCUGUUCUAUCAGA